UAUAAUUUGACAAGAGGCAACUAGCAACAUGAAAUGAAUCGCUAAUUGAAAUUUUGCGGCUAAGUUUAUGGCACUUAUGAUACUAAUAUUCUCUUUCGAUUUAUAGUCCGCUAUUCGCAUACUUCCUAUCGAAAUGUAUUCUCCUGAUAACUCCGACAAUUUUUCAAAGAUACAUAUCGAAGGAAGCAUAUUCCAACUCUCGCUAUCACCCUCAAGUUAGACAGAUUACUUUACACGGUAUUAUUUUAUCGAAAUCUAGUAAUUCGUCGACGGCAGUCUCCCGCGCUUGAUUACUUGUCUGCUACCAAUCAGUACGCGUUCAACAGCAUUCGUCGUAUUGAAUUAAACAAUCUCGACGGAGGAACACAAAAUCAAGAGAACGCGAUAAGAAAUAUAUUUAAGCUCAAUAUUUCUUUUAUUAAUGUCAUUAUUGACAUUAAUUGCUGCGAAAAAUUAAAGUAUUAUUCAUACAUGAAAAUACGACAUCGGGUGUUACGACUGAUGGCAAGAUUUUAUCGACGUGUUUGUACAUGAUAAAUGUGACGCGAAAUCCAGUUGUUAUAUCGACACUGAGAACGUGUAGAUCAUGAAAGAGAUGUUGGCAAAUCAAAACACUAUGGGAUACAGCAAUUCUUUUGUCAAUGCUAACAGUAAAGAUGCAGGCACCAGUAAUAUUACAAAUGAUAAUAAUUCAAGAAAAUAUGCUAUGCUUAGUACCGAAUGGAUCUCUACCAUCGGUGAGGAAUUGGGUAUGCAUCCAUUGCCAGAUCCACUCUUAAAGAGAUUAGCCGAAGAUGCUUCCUAUCGCUUGAGAGAAGUUUUACAUAAAUGUGUUACAAGGCUAAGACAUAGUAAAAGGAGACGCCUAACAUCUAUGGAUGUAAAUGCAGUCAUCACUAACUUGUGUGACGCAGAUCCUAUUCUUGGUGCACCAGAAUCCUUGCCAGAGUAUCACACAGAAGCUAAGGUGUAUGUGCCUAAUGAAUCUGUCAUUAAUCUUGUUCAUCAAAUAAAUGACCCAUUGACUUUUUUUCAAAAUAAUGUGCCAUUUCUGCAAGAUAAUGAAAUAUGCGACAAGAAGUUGACAGAAGCACGUAUCAAUUAUGCCAAACGUGCAUUAAAAACUUUAUUUAAUGGCUCGCAGAAAACUUUUCAAGUUUUGCUUAAUGAUUGCGCUACCAAUGUGCAUUUAGGUGAUGAGGGAGUCAUAGAUAAAUUGAUAUCUAUCGCAAGGUCAACGUUAAUCUUAAAUAAUGCACAGUAUACGCGCGUUUCUACACGUACCUGCGAGCUCAUAAUUGCCAUUGCUAGCAACAGCGAAGCUGUCUAUCCUUAUCAUCUAAUAUCGGUGGAUAAAAUGACCGAUUUAUUAUUAGAAUUACUGCUGAGUCAAAGUUUCAUACAUCCGAAUUUGGAAGUGCUCUUUAAAGAGUGUGCGCUCAAAUUGAUGCUUCGCUGGCCAUCGAUCGCUGAUAAAUAUAUACCAACGUUGCAGAAUGUUCUUUUAAAGAACGAAAUAGAUAGUGUGGAUCAUUAUAAAAAGAGGAUAAUGGCGGUGGAAUUGUUAGCGAGUCUCCAGCCACUUAUAUUUUUCCAACACGAGGCCGAACACACUCUUUCCAUACAAAAUAUUUUAUAUUAUUACGCUUCAUCUGGUUCGAUUAUUUGGGAACAAAUAGCUCUAGCUGUUUGCGCCCUCGUAAGAUCGCAGGGCCAUUCCUUGGAUCUUACGUCUUUGCUCGAACAUUACGGAGAUUCGUUAUUACCUUAUUUACCCGCUAAUGAUGAUAAUGAUACAAAAAGAAGAAGUAAUAAGAAGGGCACGUUGCCUAUUAUCAUCAAAGGCAAGAUGAAGUAUGUUAAAAUCAGGCCGUUAUUUAACAACAGAACAUUGUGGGAUAGGCAAACCGCAUUUCCAGAUUCCACUCUAAGAGGACCGAGACGAGAGAUAAGAUUUGCAUUCGCUGGUGGUCGUCCAGUUCCUCCCAGCAACUUGAAGCGUGUCAGUCUAAGAGCUAAUUAUCAUAUUUUGAGGAGCGAUCUUCAAGCCACUCUCGCUCUAGUCGCAUCGCGCAGACUGCUCGUUGUUAAAGAUAGAAAGAAAGGUCCUUAUAAUUUUUAUAAUUUGGCACAUGUUUGUUUAUGAAUUAAUAUAAAUUUCAUU